AUGCCACUCACGGCCUUGAGCGGCCAUCAUGCCAUGCAGCGCCCCCACCUUUUAAAUCCCUGCACCCCGGACUGCAUGAACGACCGCAAGAGCCUGCCUGAGGGGAUUCUUAGAAGCCUGUCCAUGCUGACCAAUUCAAGAGCAAUUACUGAGCCACAGUAUCCGCUCCCUUCUGACAUAGGCAACAGAUACAAGUACGCCGAUAUUACGCUCGCAAGAAAGCUCGGCAAGCUAAAUCUAUACAACCGCCUACGACUGAAGGACUCCGCGAAUGGGUCUGAACCAGGAAAUCCUAUUGAAACGCAUGCGAGGGUGUCAGGUUUCAAUAGUGUCGUUACGUUUGAGGAGUCCGGUGGACAAGUGCACGUCCCAAUACCACUUCAUCACGCCGAUUAUUGGAGUCCAAGUAACAGCUCAAGGAUUACAAGACAGAUAGAAAGCAGUGCGCCUUGGCAGGUUCAUCUCGAGGCGCCGUUCAAAUGCUCGCUCUGCAAAAAGAUCGUCACACUCAGGGGCCAGGAAGCAUGGAUGAUACAUGUCUAUGCAGAUCUCAAGGCCUAUGUAUGCAUUCAUCCAUCGUGCAAGCAGUCGUUUGAGUAUUUCCACCUCUGGGCGGAUCACGUUCUAACCUACCAUUUCCCCGAGCUGAAACGAUACUGUGUCUAUUGCAACGGUGAAAUCCUUAGUACUCCCGGCAUUUCAACAAGAAAUGCAUUCGUGGAGCAUCUGGUAUACAAUCAUUGGAAUACCCUUAGCGAUACGGAGCGUACUGCUGCAGUGUUGAACACGGAGAGAUUUGUCUUCGCGCCUUUCGACUCAGAUUGUGGCAUUUGUCGAAGAUCAAAUUGGAAGACAUGGUACGACUUUGCUGCACAUGUAGCUCGUCAUUUGGAGGAGAUAUCCCUGGCAGCUCUCUCCGAUAUUCCAUAUCCACUCAAUAAUAUCUCGGAAAUGAAAACAGAGAAAAUAAGAAGUCGUCAUUCGAAGAAGAAUCUGCAGAGCAAGCCAAAAGAGAAGGACGAGCCUACAAAGUCGAUGCGAGCCGAGAAACAAGUAAUAUCUCUCGAAGAGAGAGCCGAGAGCGAUGAAAGUGACCAGGAAGAUCCCGACUAUGUUAAGAUAGGUUUGGAACCACCCGAUACACUGUCGCCAUCCAUCAAAAAACCGCAUCGAGACAGUUUACGGCUUCGGAAGGUACGUGACAACAGCAUCACCAAGGCCAAGGAAAGCAUCGGAGAGCAAAGCGAGUCCCUCGAAGUACCUGGCCAUGGGAAGCUCACUAUAACUGGCUCAAGCGAAGCUCACGUCAAAUUUAAAAGCAAGGACCGGCGCCACAUCUAUCAAAGAAGUGGUAAAUCACCGUCCAAGUCCAACACGAUAAAUUUGAGACAGCAACUAUCCCCACAAUAUUCCAACGAGGAUGUUCAACAGACACACGCCAUUGAUCUGCCCAACUCUCAUUACUAUCCAUAUCAUUUCCAGCAUGGGCAACAAAACCUAGGUGUCCAGGGCUACGAAAACUACAGGUACGCUGGGGCUGUCGUGCCUCAGAACUAUUAUAUGAACAACUACUAUCCCUAUGUCCAAGGAGUAUACGAUCAAAAAUCUGGCUAUCAUAGCCCUAUGAAUGGAGAACAUGCGUUUUCAGGACAGAUACAUCAGUGCGAAUGCCCUACCUGUGCAAUGAGUGAAGAUUAUGCUUGA